AAAAGAGAAUGUUUUCCAUUUGUGUCUUUCGUGGUGGUUGCCGUGCGUUUUUGCAGCUUCCACUUCAAACUCCCGAGGGAAAAGGGGAGAGAAAGUUAAGGAGUGAAAAAGAGAGAGAGUGAAGGAGGGGGUUGAGUGAUUAUGUGUCAAAAAAAGGGAUGUUAGACUUUGGAAAGCUCUGGCACGAUGUCCGGCAGUCCCUAAACUCAAUGUUUCUAACUUUGGACAGUUACGUGAGUGAGUCAGAACAGUACAGACAGAGGGGGUCAACCGAAAACAUUCAGGGGUAAAUAAACACCUCUCGUUCUGCAUGCUUCUCGCUUUGAGCUGUCCUGAGCACAGAGUGAGCGAGGAAUAGAGAACAGUUUUCACUCUGUAGGCUGUCGUCUGGAUACUGUUGGGUUCAAUCCAGGGCAUUACCUUUUUUGGCAGAAAGCACUAUGAGUGUGCUGUUGUAGAACAGAUCUCUUUCUGGCAGGACCCAGGAAUCACUAUAAGAACGAAGCAAAACUUUCAUCGUCAGAAAAGUUUGGACAAGAGGUAAUCCCAUUGAAGAACAUUCAUCCAACCUGCUUUCAGAGGAGCGCCUGGGUUAAUUCAUCCAUCUUCGGAUUAUAUCUUUCCCACCAUCAGUGAUUUUCCCGGUAAUGGGCUGGCUGCUGUGGUACCUGGCAGCAGCUGUAGCUGUGGCGUCUGGCUCAGAAAGAACGCAACACCAGGUGCAGCAUGGCCCCUGCAGCUACACUUUUAUCCUACCAGAGGUGGAGCAGUGCCGGCCGGCGGGGGACUUCCAGGUGACCAACUCUCUCCAGCAGGACACCCCCACGCCACAGAAGUCGGCCCAUGCUGAGCCCACCUGGCAGGAGCGGAAGCUGGAAAGUUUAGAGAGUGCCACAGAAAACAAUACGCAGUGGCUACAGAAGCUGGAGAGCUACAUUCAGGAGAACGUGCGAUCAGAGAUGGAACGCAAUGUCAUUCACACCCAGACAGCCACCAUGCUGGAGAUGGGCACCAAUCUUCUCAGCCAAUCAGCAGAGACCACACGCAAACUGACAGAUGUGGAGACGCAGGUACUGAACCAGACCAGUCGACUGGAGAUCCAGCUGCUGGAAUACUCUCUCAGCACCUACCGGCUGGAGAAGCAACUCCUGGAGCAAACGCAGGAGGUGUCCCGUCUCAGUGAGAGAAACAGCUAUCUGGAACAUCGCCUUGCUGCAAUGGAUGCCAGACACAGCAGCAAGCUUCAGGCCAUUCAGCAGGAGAAGCAGCAUCUGCUGGAUCAGCUGGACAGACAGAGUCACCUGGUCAAUCUGCUGGAGGGAGAACUGGCCAGCUCCACCCGUAACAGCACACUGCUCCAGCGACAGCUGGCCAAACUCACAGACACAGUGCAGCAGCUUCUGGCUAUGGUCUCUCACUGUAACGAUAUUUCUGCUUCUUCUGAAAAGGAGAUGGUGAAGUUCAGAGACUGUGCAGAGAUAUUUAAAUCUGGAGUUACAGAGAGUGGAAUAUAUAACAUUCAUCUUCCAAACUCCACACAGAAGACUAAGGUAUUCUGUGACAUGAAGACCAGAGGAGGAGGCUGGACCGUCUUUCAGCAUCGUCUCGAUGGAUCAGUAGAUUUCCACCGUGGCUGGAAAGAUUACAAACUGGGAUUUGGGGAUCCAUCAGGAGAACACUGGCUUGGAAAUGAUGUUCUUCACUUGCUUACCACAUCUAAAGACUACAGUCUUCAGGUCCAUCUUAAAGACGCAGAGGGACACCAGGCUUAUUCUAAUUAUGGCCACUUUUAUAUUGAUGGAGAGGAAAAGAAGUACAGCAUUCAUGUGAGCGGAUUUAGCGGUACAGCAGGACGCACCAGUAGUCUCACUCGCUCGGGCACUAUGUUCAGCACUAAGGAUCAAGACAAUGACCAAUGCAGCUGCAAGUGUGCUCAGAUGGCCACUGGAGGGUGGUGGUUUGAAGCUUGCGGGCCAUCCAAUCUCAAUGGGAUUUACUAUUCUGGAAACUCCAAUGUGGUGCGGUAUAAUAGUAUGAAGUGGUACUACUGGAAAGGGCCGAGUUGGAUAGCAGCGGUGACAACUAUGAUGAUACGGCCUGUGGACUUCUAAAAGCAGGAAGACACUGUCAUAAAUGGGUCAGUUGACUUCACUGACAGGCAAAUGAUCCAAACAAGUUCAUGACAUCAAUGAAAAUUAUGGACAACUUGAGCAUUGGACAGCUUGCGCCCGUGCCAUUGUAGCCGUUCAAUCUGUCUCCAUUUUGUUUGUUUAGUGUGGCGAAACAGGCACAAAUUGCACCAUAAACGUUUUAUCCCCCUGUAUAGCAAUGCUUUCGCAAUGUAAAACUCAAUGGACUGGAAUAGCUGAUCAGUGUUCACAUUUGUACAUGAUGGCGAGUUCAAGCCCGAUUUUUGUGCGGUGAAACUCAAAAAUAUGAUCCUUUACCAUCCAUCACAAACUCUCUUUCUCAUAAAGUGCUUGUAAAAGGUUUAAGGGAGAACACCUCAAUAAAACACGCACAGGUGUACAUUUACAUGCAUAUCUUCCAUUAUAAAAUAUAUAUUUUUAAUAAAAGAACAGACAUCUUUUGCCAUGAAAUACAGUUAUUAUCAAGAAAUGAAAAAAGGAUGGGAGAAACAUGGUGUUGCCCACACAUACACUACUGCUAUUUUCAAAAUUGCAAAAGCAGCAGGUUUGGUUUAAAGCCGUGCUGUGGAAGACUGACCAUCAACGUGGUUUGCUGAGGGUCUAUAUUAGCCCUCCUUCCAUGCCAGUCGCUUGAUGAAUCAUUCAAUAAAGGCACUUCCUGCUGUUACUAUAAAAUACUCCUCGG